CUUACUUUUACAGCUUUCAUUAUUCCUUCUGCUGGUUUUCUUGCUCUCUUCAUUAAUUGAUUACUUAUCGGGCAUAAUUUAUGCUUAAGUUAUUUAUAGAUCGUAUCGCAAUUUUUUAAAGCAGAAUUUUAAUUUAGGCCGCUACUAUAUUGGUCGUAUUCUAUCAGUCACUUACAUUCUGCAUCUCGUCUGCGGUAAAGACACGGUAAAAGUAUAGGUUAAUAACAUGAAGCAACAAGGACUGAUACUCAGUUUGUCCUUCAUUAUACAAAAAUAGCAACGAAAUGAAUGAUGAAUAAUUAAUAUUUGUGAAUUGAUCGUUUUUAAUAACAUAUCAAAUAAGUCUUUUAAACAGCCUAUCAGUCAAAGGACUGAUAUUAAAAAUGCCAGAUAUCAAAGUAACCCCUUUGGGAGCUGGUCAAGAUGUUGGAAGGAGCUGCAUUCUAGUAUCAAUGGGUGGAAAGAACAUUAUGUUGGAUUGUGGCAUGCACAUGGGAUUCAAUGAUGAAAGACGAUUCCCAGAUUUUUCAUACAUAAUCCCAGAAGGACCAACGACUAAUUACAUAGAUUGUGUGAUUAUAUCACACUUUCAUUUAGAUCAUUGUGGUGCCCUCCCAUACUUUACAGAAAUGGUGGGGUAUACUGGACCAAUUUAUAUGACGCAUCCAACAAAAGCCAUUGCACCAAUCUUACUCGAAGAUAUGAGAAAAGUUGCAGUAGAACGUAAAGGAGAAAGCAACUUCUUUACAUCACAAAUGAUAAAAGACUGUAUGAAAAAGGUUAUUGCUGUUACAUUGCAUCAAUCUGUGAUGGUUGAUUCGGAGCUGGAAAUAAAAGCAUAUUAUGCAGGACAUGUACUUGGUGCUGCAAUGUUUUGGAUUCGAGUUGGCUCACAAUCGAUCGUUUAUACUGGGGAUUACAAUAUGACUCCUGAUAGGCAUUUAGGUGCUGCCUGGAUAGAUAAAUGUAGACCAGACUUAUUAAUAUCAGAGUCAACAUAUGGAACAACUAUCAGAGAUUCUAAAAGAUGUAGAGAAAGAGACUUCUUAAAGAAAGUUCAUGAAUGCAUAGAUAGAGGUGGCAAAGUAUUAAUUCCCGUAUUUGCUCUUGGACGUGCACAAGAAUUAUGUAUAUUAUUAGAAACAUAUUGGGAGCGAAUGAAUUUAAAGGUUCCUGUAUAUUUUGCUUUAGGAUUAACUGAAAAAGCGAAUAAUUAUUAUAAAAUGUUUAUCACUUGGACUAAUCAAAAGAUUAAGAAAACUUUUGUGCAAAGAAAUAUGUUUGAUUUUAAACAUAUAAAACCAUUUGAUAAAGCAUAUAUUGAUAAUCCUGGAGCUAUGGUAGUAUUUGCUACACCGGGCAUGUUGCAUGCAGGAUUAUCUUUACAAAUUUUUAAGAAAUGGGCUCCAAAUGAAGCAAAUAUGGUUAUUAUGCCUGGAUUUUGCGUUCAAGGCACUGUUGGACAUAAAGUUUUAAAUGGUUCUAGAAGAAUUGAAUUCGAAAACAGACAGAUUGUCGAGGUCAAAAUGGCAGUAGAGUAUAUGUCUUUCUCUGCACAUGCAGAUGCAAAAGGUAUUAUGCAAUUAAUACAAUAUUGUGAGCCAAAAAAUGUUAUGCUUGUACAUGGAGAAUUUGCUAAAAUGGAGUAUUUAAAAGAAAAAAUAAAACAAGAAUUUGGAACAAAUUGUUACAAUCCUGCAAAUGGAGAAACUUGUGUUAUCACAACCAUUGCCAAAGUGCCAGUAGACGCUUCUUUAGCAUUAUUAAAGUCUGAAGCCAAAAGAUAUUCGGCUUUGCCACCAGAUCCCAAACGACGAAGAUUACUCCACAGUGUUUUAAUGUUACGAGAAGAUGGAGUAUGUCUUGUGGAUGCAGAUGAAGUGACAAAAGCUGCAGGUAUAACUAAACAUAUAGUACGCUUUACAUCCACUGUACAAGUAAGGGACCCUGGUCCAGCACAUUCAACGACUUUAAAAUUAUUACAACCACUGAAAGAGAGAUUAUCAGGUUGGACAGUCCAAUUAACAGAUGGAUCAAUAUCUGUCGAAUCUGUUUUAGUAAAAGUAGAAGGUGAUGAAGAUGAUCAAAAAAGCGUGUAUGUUUCAUGGACAAAUCAAGAUGAAGAUUUGGGUAGUUACAUUCUAGGAUUUUUACAAACUAUGCUAAACUAAGCAAUGAUCUGAUGAUUAAACGUGUUAAAAACAAAAAUAAUCAAUUACAUAAUUGGUACAAAAUGGAUCUUAAGACUUUUUGUAACCUGUGAUACUGCUAUGGUGAAUAAAGUGUAUAUAGGUAUAAAUUAUAAA